AUGAAAGCAAUAUCUUUCUCCAACCUCGUCUUUAUUGGUUCAUGUUGCCACCACCAUUGUCCUCAUACAAAUAAUCUUCGUCAUCGAGCCGAGUCUUUUGUUGUCGGUGUAGGAAAAGGAACCAAUGGUCGAAGGAAUCUUGUGGACGAAAAUAUGAUUGUAUUAAGAAUGCGAAUAAGGGAAGUGGAGAUGGAAGAGACAAGUGGUUUGUCGCCUGAAAAGUUUCGAAAUUGGAUGGUGUGGGAGAAGAAGUAUUAUGAGCAUUAUAAUCAACAUGUAUGUGAAGCUAUGAUGGUGUUACAAAUGUGUUUAAUGAACACUAGGCCAUGUUUUGCCCUUGGGGCAUUGGCACUUUUGAUGUUGAGUGUGAUUUUAUCAACCGGUGUUGUCAUUAACAAUUUUUUUAGUUUUGUGAGGUGGUUUAUGUAA